AUGAAUGUAAAAACUGUAUUUCUCAAUGGGGAUUUACAUGAGGAAAUCUACAUAGAACAACCCGAGAGGUUUGUUGUGAAAGGUCAGGAAAACAAGCCCAAUUGGAUAAAUCUGGAUCCCUCAGCACGUCAAAGACUGAACCAAGUUCACAGAAAUAUCAUAUUGGCUGCCAUCACAUUUAAUGUGGCUACAUCCCUAGAGCCAUGUGCUACACAUGGGCAGCCACACAUGGGAGUCAAAUCAGCUCAGGAACUCAGAAAGAUGAACAAAAGUCAAGUUUUCCCAUACCAAAGCAUGUAUUUGGCAGUUGGAGCAAUUGACAAGUAUGUCAGCUGGAGCAAUUGGCAAGUAUGUCAGCUGGAGCAGUUGGCAAGUAUGGGCAGUUGGAGCAAUUGGGAACAGCUAAGGAGGUGUGCUUCACCAGCCAAAAGGGAGGACGAAAUUGCACUCUAUAAAUAG